CUUUAUGUAGUAUCGACGUCUUCCGGUCGCAAUGCCUUAUGGGAAAUGGUGUGAUACUUUGUACUGUACAAUAUUGCAAUAAAAGGAUAGCUAAAGGAAGAUGGCAGCGUGUGCAAUACGUCGGGGCUUAUUGUCCACCGCUAGUAAAUAUAACCAGCACAAAUGCACUCACAGAAUAUUGAGUGCACUAGACUUCAGCAGCGGAUUAGAUCCGAAAAAACCCCAGCCUUUGUGUUCAGCUUGCGGGUUGUCCAGUUUUCAACAGAAGAGGUUCAUGUCAUCACGAAACAGGCCUGAGGGUAAAAUACUGGAACCUGUUGGAAUAUUUGAAGCUCUGAAGCAGCAUGGCAAAUAUGAAACGGGCCAGCUUUUCCUGCACAGUGUAUUUGGGUAUAGAGGAAUCGUGUUAUUCCCCUGGCACGCUCGUCUUUACGAUAGAGAUGUAAGCCCUGCUGUGGCUGACAGCAAGCCAGACUCUGUGGGCCAUGGGUCUAAAGAGGUGAAGGGCAAAAUGCAUACGUAUUACCAGGUCCUCAUAGACACCAGAGACUGCCCUCACAUAUCUCAGCGGUCUCAGACUGAAGCAGUCACAUUUCUGGCAAAUCAUGAUGAUAGUAGAGCCCUGUAUGCAAUUCCAGGUCUGGAUUAUGUGAGUCAUGAAGACAUCCUGCCUUACAACUCCACUGAGCAAGUCCCCAUCCAGCAUGAGCUGUUUGAACGCUUCCUCAUGUUUAACCCCUCCAGAAAUCCUCCAUUUACUGCGAGAGACACCCUACGGGCCUGGCAGGAGAAGAACCAUCCCUGGCUGGAGCUCUCAGAUGUGCACCGGGAAACCACAGAGAACAUCCGUGUGACUGUUAUCCCCUUCUACAUGGGCAUGAGGGAAGCUCAAAACUCUCAUGUGUAUUGGUGGCGGUAUUGUAUCCGUCUGGAGAACCUGGGGAAUGAGGUGGUUCAACUAAGGGAAAGACACUGGAGGAUCUUCAGUCUCUCAGGGACUCUGGAAACAGUCCGUGGAAGAGGAGUGGUUGGCAAGGAGCCUGUUUUGUCUAGAGAACAGCCAGCGUUUCAGUACAGCAGUCAUGUUUCACUUCAAGCACCCAGUGGACAUAUGUGGGGGACGUUCUGUUUUGAAAGGACAGAUGGUUCACACUUUGACGUGCGCAUUCCACCCUUUUCACUAGAAAGUAAUAAGUAUGACAAGGCUCCCCCUGCUGGCUAUCCCUUGUAAUAAACCUGCACCUAUAAGACUACCAUCACGGCUCGGCUCAGCAUCCCUACAGGCUGUUCCCUUAUCAGUGCUCCUUAAAUAUAUAAUGGUUUUAGCAAAGCAUCCUUCAGUCUCUGACUGCAGCACUGGAAAUGUGUAGCAACCACAUAUCUUAAAAAGAAAAAAGACAUAGCAAGAUGAAAUGAGGAGUUGAUCUUAUUAAAUGGUAUGAUGCAAGUGCACCUCGAAAGGCCGUAUUGAGAGCAUUUGAUUGUGAUUUAUUUUUUCUUCUAUUUAUUUGGAAUGGCUGUGUUCAUCAAUUGAAUAAGCUUAUUAGCGUUAACCCAGCGUAUUUUCAAUUUAUAUCUUGAGUUCAAACCCCUCUUAUACUUAAUUCCUUACUUAUAUUCUGGAGAAGACCGUCAGUGUACAUUGAAUGCUUUCUCCAAAUGCAAAUAGUCUAAUUAAUGACUUGAUGCAAAGAUUAUUCUUUGGUCAUGCCGAAGUCAGCCAGUAAAAUUUGGUUUGACUAAGAAAGCCUAGUGGGAUAAAACUGUAUUCGAGAUCAUCGUCAUCAUCUUGAAACCAACCUUUGAUCAUAUAUUUGGUUUAGACUACUGGAUGAUGAACUGUUUUACUGGUUACUGUAAAUAUGUUUGUAAAAGCAUAAAUAAAAUGACAUUUCCAA